AAAAACAAAUUAAAUUUAUUCUUAAGCCAAAUAUGUAACAUUUACGCAACUUGAACGCUGAUUGGUCGACGGUUCACCAUCUUGCCUCUCAGCUGAUUGUUGUUGUGUAAAUGAAGAUGCUGCGUUUAGGGGCACAGCAGCUGCUCCGCUAUGGCGGUGGGCGCUCCCUGGUGCUCGGAGGAGCUCGCACUCAGUCUUCUGCGCCAGAAAAGAUUGAAGUGUUUAUUGAUGAUAAGCCAGUAAUGGUGGAACCUGGAACUACUGUGUUGCAGGCUGCUGCAGUGGCUGGAGUAGAAAUCCCCAGGUUCUGCUACCACGAGCGCCUGUCUGUGGCUGGAAACUGUAGGAUGUGUCUGGUGGAAGUUGAAAAGUCAGUCAAGCCAGUUGCCGCUUGUGCCAUGCCCGUGAUGAAAGGUUGGCGCAUCAAGACCGACAGUGACAUGACCCGAAAGGCACGCGAAGGAGUCAUGGAAUUUCUCCUGAUCAACCACCCCUUGGAUUGCCCCAUCUGCGAUCAAGGUGGAGAGUGCGACUUGCAGGACCAGUCAAUGGCCUUUGGCAGUGAUCGGUCCCGUUUCCUGGACAACAAACGCGCUGUAGAAGACAAGAACAUCGGGCCUCUUGUCAAGACUGUUAUGACUCGAUGCAUCCAUUGCACUAGAUGUGUCCGAUUUGCCUCUGAGAUUGCCGGUGUGGAAGACCUCGGGACAACUGGCCGAGGCAGCGACAUGCAGAUUGGAACUUACGUCGAGAAGAUGUUGAUGUCCGAGCUCUCAGGGAACGUCAUUGAUCUGUGCCCUGUUGGUGCUCUUACUUCAAAGCCCUAUGCCUUCACUGCCAGACCUUGGGAAAUUCGCCGCACUGACUCGGUCGAUGUGCUUGACGCAGUUGGCUCAAACAUUGUCGUCAACCACCGCACUGGUGAAGUCCUCAGGGUCUUGCCCAUGACGAAUGAGGAAAUCAAUGAGGAAUGGCUGUCUGAUAAGUCACGGUUUGCCAUUGAUGGGUUGAAGCGCCAGCGUUUGAUUCACCCAAUGGUAAAGGACUCGGCCGGGGAGCUCCGUCCUUGUGAGUGGGAAGAUGCACUCAUUGUGGCAGGAAAGGCUCUGAAAGCAGCCAAUGGCUCUGUUGCUGCCAUUGCUGGAGGACUGGUUGAUGCUGAAUCACUAGUUGCUCUUAAGGACAUGGUCAACAGACUUGGUGGAGAGUCUGUUUGCACUGAGGAGAUCUUCCCUGACGCUGGAACUGGUACUGACCUGCGAUCCUCUUACCUGCUCAACACUAAAAUUGUUGGUGUAGAAGAAGCUGACUUGGUUCUGUUUGUUGGUACCAAUCCUCGGUUUGAGGCAGCACUUUUCAACGCCCGUGUUAGGAAAGCCUGGGUACACAAUGAGCUUGAUGUUGCCAUGAUUGGACCCAAGGUGAACCUCACCUAUGACUAUGAGCACCUUGGUGAUGAUGUAAGCAUCGUGAACAGCCUCCUGAAUGGAACUCAUCCCUUCUCGGAGAGGUUGGCUGCUGCAAAGAAGCCCAUGAUUGUUGUUGGAACUAAUGCUUUGUCCCGAGAGGAUGGUGGUGCACUCCAUGCACAGCUUGUACAGCUUUCUCAGAAGCUGCGCAGUGGUUGUGAGGGAGAAUGGCGUGUGUUGAAUGUCCUGCAGCAGGUAGCCUCACAGGUGGCUGCCCUCGACCUUGGCUAUACCCCAGGAGUGGCUGAUAUUCGCAAUAACCCUCCCAAGGUGCUCUUCCUACUUGGGGCAGAUGAGGGUGCCAUUACCCGGGAGGACCUGCCAAAGGACACAAUCAUUAUUUACCAGGGUCACCAUGGAGACCACGGGGCGACCAUUGCCGAUGUGGUUCUGCCAGGUGCCGCUUACACCGAGAAGACAGCAACCUACGUCAAUAUGGAGGGACGGGCCCAGCAGACCAAGGCAGCGUUGGUUCCACCAGGCAUGGCCCGUGUUGACUGGAAGAUCAUCAGAGCUCUGUCUGAGAUUGUAGGAGCUACACUUCCUUACGAUACCCUAAAUGAGGUGCGCCAUCGCAUGGCGGAAGUCUCACCCAACUUGGUGAGGUAUGGAGAUGUCGAGGAGGCCAACUAUUUUGCACAGGCAUCAGCACUUGCGAAGCUGGUGAAAGCAAACUUUGAUGCAGCUCCUCUGGAUGUUCCCUUGAAGAAGCUGGAGGACUACUACAUGACCAAUUCUGUUACCAGAGCCUCCCCAACCAUGGCCAAGUGCAUUGCCGCAGUGAAGAAAGAAGCGAGUAACAAGUUUCAUGGAUAAGGGUGUCAUUGCAGUUUUGUGUUAAAUAAAUUUAAUUAGUUGAAAAAAAUAUAUAUUAAUGAGGGUAGCUGGUUGUCUAGUUGCACGAAAAGCUUUUAAAUUAUUACAGCCAUGAUGAUAUAUAUUUAUUACCCUUUACUGUUGAACCAAUGAUAACAAAUGGAGACUGCUAGACACCCCCCCCCCCUCCCUCCUUCAAGAUUUUGAUUGUAAUAUAUAAAGCAUUAAGAGCACCUAAGUAGGAUUUCAGUUUGGCACUUCAGGGUAAAUGAACCAGUCUGAAAUUCUGCUAAGUUUGCCUUCCCGUAAAGAGUUUCUAUGAGGUUUGUUUCCAAGCUGUUAAGAAAUAAAAUGUUGAAUUUGUCAUGGAUAGAAACAUUCAAACAAGAAGAAGUACUGCUGGAGGUGGUAGUGUAAAAAUGUCUAUUUUAUUUGUACAGUAUGUCCUAAUAAUAAGAAUUUAUAAA